AUGAUGAAUGGGGUCCAAGAGCUGUUAGUAGCUAUGGCUGAAACUUUUAUUUAUAAAGCCAUUUAUAAUCAAAAAUUAUAUUUACUUGCUGAAAAUACAAUAGAAAAUUCAUUUUCAUCCCUUUUUUCUGAUAAAGCUUGUGAUAGUUUGCAGCAAUCAGUUAAUCAGCAUGAAAUCAAUGAAGCUCUAGCUUCAAGCAGUCAAAAGAAGCAUAAAUACAAGAAAAAGAAGAAAAGAUUUAAAUCGGGCUUGCCAUUAACUCCUAGAGUUAAAUAUAAAUUGUUAAAGGUUAAAGCAAAUAUAGUUAGAAAGCGCAUUAUUGUUCACAGUUUUGAGUAUGUGAGAAUAGUUUUAGAGCAAAUGUCUUAUCGUCAAAAUCCCAUUGUGUAUGAACUGUAA